AAAAGAAAAGCAUGCAUCAUGCAUGGAGGAUGAAUUAGCUAGCUAGGUUAAAUAUAUAUAUAUAUAUAUAUAUAUGGCUGGGAAUUUAACCCCAGCAGCAUGUGAAAUCAGUGUUUAUAAUUGGAAGCUUGACGUGACGUUUCAUGGCUGACCUGAAACUUCAUUCACAUGCCACGGUCUCCCCUCUUUGCGCCAAAGGCUCACUCAGUCUCUCCGGAAUCAAACAGCUAUUGCGACAUGGCUGAGCUUAGAAUCAAUGGCAGCAAGAAGAAGACGCCCGGCAUUGUAAAGCUCAAGAACGUAGCGGAGAAGCUCCAAAGAAGCCUGCUCUCGGCCCGAAAAGCCGCCUCUGAUUUCUUCGACGACUCCGAGGAUAUCUGCGACUCGACCAACGUGCCGGAAGACGUGAAAGAAGGCCACUUCGCUGUGAUUGCGGCGGACAAGAACGAGCUCCGGAGAUUCAUCGUGCCGCUGAGUUAUCUGAGCCACCCUUCCUUCUUGAGGCUGCUGGAAGAAGCGGCGGAACAGUUCGGCUUCGACCACGAGGGGGCGGUCACGGUGCCCUGCCGGCCGAGCGAACUCGAGAGGAUGCUGUCGGAGCACGGCGGUCUAGCCACGGCCGGGCUUGGCUGGGGUUCACGCUCGUCUAAAACCCUAUUGAACAGCUACUGAAAACCCAACCCCAAAAUGUAUACGACGUGACAUGACAUGCACUCCUUAAUUAGCUAUCGUGUCAUGGUAUAGUGGGUUUUUAUUUUUGAAUAAGAUUUUGUAGUAAAAAUCUCAAUAAAAUUGAUGUCACUUUUUUUUCA